AUGGAUUUGAAGAGUUUUGUUGCACUCCACAUGGGGAGGCAUUCUUGCUGUUACAAGCAGAAGUUAAGAAAAGGCCUGUGGUCUCCUGAGGAAGAUGAGAAACUUCUGAAUUAUAUUACUAAGCAUGGACAUGGCUGCUGGAGCUCUGUCCCUAAACUAGCUGGUUUGCAAAGGUGUGGUAAGAGCUGCAGGUUAAGGUGGAUUAACUACUUGAGACCUGAUUUGAAGAGAGGAGCAUUUUCUCAGCAGGAAGAGAACGUGAUAAUUGAACUUCAUGCAGUUCUUGGCAAUAGAUGGUCUCAGAUUGCAGCACAAUUACCUGGAAGAACUGAUAAUGAGAUAAAGAAUUUAUGGAAUUCCUGCAUUAAGAAGAAGCUGAGGCAGAGAGGCAUUGACCCCAACACUCACAGACCUCUUUCCGAAGUUGAGAAUGGUAAAGAGAAGCAGCAGCUCACAGCUGACAAUGAGAAAGUUCCUAUUGUAUCAAAUGAAUUGAACCUCAUUGAGGCAGCUACUUUAAAACCACUUGCGGUUUCUUCCAGCGGCUCAAAGAUCAUCAACACAAACAACAACAAAGAAGGGAGUGGUAGUAGCAACUUGGCAAAUACUCAGCAGAAACAGGAUUUCUUCCUCGAUAGGUUUGGUACCUCCCAUGAAAGCACCACCGCGGCCAGUUGCAGGCCUUCUGAUUUGAUGGGGUAUUUCCCUUUCCAGAAGUUGGAUUACAAACCUAAUAUAGGCCUCUCAAUGAAUCCAAAUACUACUCUCUGCUUUAAUCCAAAUUCCUCCUCUUCUGCGAUGAUUUCUGAGUUCAAUUCUAGUAUGACACCACCGACUAUUCUCUCACCCGUGUCAUCCUCUGUGUUCCAGACUCCAAUACGUGUAAAGCCUUCUGUUAGUCUUCCAUCUGAUCAUAAUCCUUCUGUAGGCUCUUGUGAUGUCAAUGGGGUUCAGAACUGGGAAGCAAGUAGCUUCAGCAACAAUGGAAGUGGAAGCAGUAGCAGUAUUGAACUACAAAGCAACUCCAAUUUCUUCGAGAGCAACGCCUUCUCGUGGGGGUUGGCCGAUUGUGGGAGAUCGGGAGAAGAAGCUCACCUUCGGUCACUCGAAAACGAGCCUGCUGAAGACAUCAAAUGGUCUGAAUAUCUUAACACCCCAUUCUUUCUUGGAAACACAGUACAAAACCAAACAUCUCAACAUGUGUACGGUGAAGUGAAACCAGAAACACACUUCAUAGCAGAAGGUUCAAGCGCUAGUUGGCUACUGAACCAGCAUCAACAAGCCUCACAGCCAACGGACAUCUAUACCAAGGAUCUGCAAAGAUUUGCUGUGGCUUUUGGACAAUCCCUUUAG